AUGUCUCCUGUGGCUGCAACUGCAACUGCGACUGCAACUGCUCCUACCCCUACAGCUUCUCCUGUUCCUUCUGAAGGGCUCGAUGACCCUGUUGAUGAUGUAUUAAACGAAGUGUUUGGCUUAUCAGACGAUCAGCAACAAGAUCAGCAACAAGAUCAGCAACAAGAUCAGCAACAAGAUCAGCAACAAGAUCAGCAACAAGAUCAGCAGCCACAACCACAACCACAACCACAACAAAACCAAUCACAACAACAACAAGACCAACCACAACAACAACAACAAGACCAACCACAACAAGCAACGGGUAACCAGGAUAGAAAUCGCUCGAUUGCCGAUUCUCUGAUCCGCAAUAUCAACGAAGCUUCCCAGCAACUCAUGCACCAAAAUAGCAACGAUGCAACUGUGCGCGCGCUAGCGGCUUAUAACAGUUAUCUUCCACAGUAUGCCGCGUUUCUACAGCGCAAACUCCGCGAAUCCAACUUCCGUCCGAGCGCUUGGGGCGAAAUGCAGCAAGCCAUGCAGCAGCAUAUUCAACUCACGCAGACGCUCAUGCGAUUGCCAGCGCCAGCGCCGAAUCGAAAUGACAUUCAGCGCGUUGAUGUGAUCGCGACAACAAUUCCGAUGGUGAUGGGGCAGAACGGAGAGAGAGGGUUCGAUCAACAGCAGAUAAACCAGAUUAUGCAACAAAUUAGAGGCGUAGUUGGAGGAAAUAAUAGUCAGGGAAAUGAGUCAGGAGGAAAUAGUGGUAAUAAUGGCAGCAAUGGUAAUAACGGAAAUAAUAAUUCGAAUCCUGACAACAAUGAUUACAAUGGGAUGUAUCUGUAA